GUUGAAAAAUGGAAUUGUUGUCCAAUGUGUAUAAGGACGUGGAUGAUAGUGACGAAGACAAUACGCAAGUUACUGAUAAUGGUACCAACAACCAUCCUUCCAAAAAUAAAGUAAAUAUAGACGUGACAAAAUUUUUCAAAUUGCCAAGCGUAGAAAGUGAAGAACAAGAAAAACCUCAAGUUGAACCGCUUCCCAAACGACCUAGAAAAGACACCAGUGGAAGAGAAUUACUGCAGAUGCUUCCUGCACCCAAGAAACAAGCACCUAUUAAGGAUAUUCGAGUACAAAAAUGGACAAGUGGGACUCGUUCACAAGGAGACAUGGACACUGUGGAGAGAAACUUGAACGACUUUGCCACUUCUACGGAGGUGACUUUUACACAACAGCAAGAGCAGGUUACACAAAAAAAUGUUGAGGAAAACGGUGGUGAAGAAAUAGAUUGGAGCAAAGUACAGGACGAACGAGUUGUCGGUGAUACAGUAGAUGCAAGUUACAAUUGGCCCGAAACUAGUGCGAAUAGUUCGAAAGAGUUUCUUCGGGAUAUCAACCAAUAUGGUGAUGAUAUAGCAUUCGUAGAUGUUCAGUUUUCGGAUUUAGUGGAUACAUCGAAACCUGAUGAAACCUUUGUAACUCGACAAUCAGCCAGCACCUCGGAAGUUGUCAGCAAAUUAGCACGUGUAGCAGGAAAGGUUACGCGGAUACAGAAGGAAAGGCAUCAAUUGAAUGCAGUAGCUGCGGAUUUGGCAGCUAAACAGGUUGAACUUGAAGAGAAAAGAAGCCAAUCGAGACAAACAAAGGCAGAAACUUGGGCAAAGUAUGGUUGGUAAAGUGUUGCUUCAUAUAGAUUGGAUAAGGAAUAGAGAAUGGUGUUGUGCUAUCCUUUGCGUGUGAAAUAAACAACGAUUGACGAGA